AAAAAAAUAAAAUAAACUAUAAUUUUUGUUGAUCGGAAUUUUAGUUGAAUUUUUGUAUCUCAAAAAAUAGAGAAACAAAAGAAAAAUCAAGUUUAAAAACAAGGAAAAUAUUAUUAUUUCGUCAUCAAGUUUUCUUUUUCUUUUUUUUUAUGGUACACACAUAUAUACAAAAUUGUAUAUAUAUAAUAUUCCUAAAUUAGUAUCUACGAGGUUUUAAAUUUUAUUUUAUGUUUUUUCAAACAAUCUUUUUAUUAUUUGUUAAAUUAUAACGAUGAUCCUGUCCUUCGACUGAUGUGAGAAUUUUAUGCUAAUGAAGGUCCUUCUGUUAUAUAAAUAGCAUUUUAUUGCAUACGAAGAUCAGUUUUUAACAAAUAUCUCAAUCAAACAAAAUAUCCCAUCAAUAUAUAUAUUUAUAAUGCAUCGAAUUUUUGUAUUUAUAUUUGCAAUUUCAUUUGUAAUUGUUUCUAUUUUAUCGGAAAAAAUUGAACUCUACACUGAUAAAUAUGAUCAUAUAAAUGUUGAUGAAAUAUUAGCAAAUGAUCGAAUUCGAAAUCAAUAUUAUAGAUGCUUCCUUGGUACUGCACCUUGUUUUACACCUGAUGCUAAAUUUUUGAAAGAAAAAUUUCCAGAAGCACUUGUGACAAAAUGCAGAAAAUGUACUGAAGCUCAAAAAAUUGGAUUUGAAAAACUUGUUUUAUAUUACACGGAAAAAGAACCGGAAGCUUGGAAUAUUGUAUUAAGAAAAGCUGUUGAUGACUACAGAAGUUCAAAAAAGACCACCAAAAAAUAUAAAUACGACGACAUAAAAAAUAAUUUCCACAAUAUUGAGUUAUCGUCUCUACUAGAAAUGGCUCGAUUUUUUAUUUUUGCCAUAUUGUCAAUUUGCAUAACAAUUAAUUAUGUUAUAGCUUUAGAUUUAUAUACUGAUAAAUAUGAUAACAUUAAUAUUGAGGAUAUUCUCAACAAUCCCAGAAUACGAAAACAAUAUUCAAUGUGUUAUUUAGGCACUGGAUCUUGUUUAACAGCGGAUUCUAAAUUUUUCAAAGAAAUCUUCUCAGAUGCAAUAGCCACAAGAUGUAAAAGAUGUACAGAAAAACAAAAGGAAAUUUUUGAAAAAAUUGUCGUUUUUUAUAUGAAGGAAGAGCCAGUUGCAUGGAGAAUGAUAUUGGAAAAAAUACUUAAAGGACAUAAUUAAUUGUAGAUACAAAUUACUUUAUAAAUUAUAUAUAAUUGUUAAUUUUAACACUAAUUUGGAAAAUCUUUUGGUUUUUUAAAUUUGUAUAAAAUAAUUUUAACGACAAUUUUUUAUAGAUAGACUUUUUUUCAAUAGCGCGAAUUAUUAGACAAUAAUUAGGCAAUUUAUUUAAUUUAUAUGACCACAAAAAUUAUAUUUAAAUAGAGAUUCAAAGAAAUUGAUAACUUUUUAGCAUAAGAUAAAACUGUAAUUAAUUAUCAACUCUUGAAUUAUUCAUGAAUUAAUUCAAUGACACAAGAUGUACAAAAAAAAUAUAUAUAUUCAAACUAU